AUGGGGCUGCACCCCCAAUAUCUCAGCAGCUUCUGGAAGACUCAGUACCUCCUGCUGCGCAUGGACGGGCCCCUACCCUACCACAAGCGCCACUACAUUGCCAUCAUGGCCCUGCUGAAGACAGGGGAGAACAGCUGGUCACUGGCGGAGCUGGUGCAGGCCCUGGUGCUCCUCACCCAUUACCACUCGCUUGCUUCCUUUGUCUUCGGCUGUGGCAUCAACCCUGAGGAGGACCAGGAUGGGGGGCAUGGCUGUCGGCCCCCCUCACCCCACAGUGACAGCAGCCCUGCCUCUGACGACAGCGUGGGGGGCUCUGGGGUAAGGGGGGGGCUUUGCCUUGCAGGGGUGGGGGGCAAAGAUGCCAUGCAGGAGGUGGAGGUGCUGAUGGAGAGGAUGAAGCUGCUGCAGGAAAGCCAGCUGGAGGAGGAGGGCGUCACGCAGGAGGAGAUGGCAACGCGCUUUGAGCUGGAGAAGACAGAGAGUUUGCUGGUUGCUCCCUCGGAUACUGCGUAUCACUCCCUGCAGUCCAACGUCCUCUGCUUCGUGGAGGACCCCGAGUUUGGCUACAAGGACUUCACACGGAGGGGUGAGCAGGCACCCCCCACUUUCCGUGCGCAGGAUUACACCUGGGAGGACCACGGCUACUCACUGAUCAACCGCCUCUACCCUGAUGUGGGACAGCUCCUGGAUGAGAAGUUCCAGGUCGUCUACAACCUGACAUACAACACUAUUGCCAUGCACUGUGGCGUGGACACGUCCAUGCUGCGCAGGGCCAUCUGGAACUACGUCCACUGUGUCUUUGGCAUCCGCUACGACGACUACAACUAUGGGGAGGUGAACCAGCUCCUGGAGCGCAGUUUGAAGAUCUACAUCAAGACGGUGGCUUGCUACCCGGAGAAGACGACUAAGCAGAUGUAUACACAGUUCUGGAGACACUUCAAGCACUCGGAGAAGGUGCACAUCAACCUGCUCUUGCUGGAGGCUCGGAUGCAAGCGGCUCUGCUGUAUGCCCUGAGAGCUGUCACCCGCUACAUGACCUGA